AUGGAAGGCCUGAAGAUAUAUGGUCUUCUAUCAACAGUGCAAAAAUACCCCAAUGUGUGGAGGUCAGUUUUUGUGAAAGAAUGCAUGCCUGCAAUAACACCAACAACUCUACUGGAUGAGCUUGAAGCUGUUUACAGUGAAUCACAGUUAAUUAGGCAAAAGGAAGGUGAUGUGUUUUACCAGUUUUGUGCAGUGAUCAAUUAUUUGGGAAUGAAAGAAUUAAAGGCUCUUCUUCAAUGGGCAACUGGUUUGUCAUCAAUACCACCACUUGGCCUGCCCAGAAAAGUCAAGAUCACUUUCCUUGGUGGUUGUGAUACAGGAUGCAGGUGUAGGCCAACAGCAUCAACAUGUGACCUAAGAAUCACUUUAGCAUUACAUCUUGACACGUUUGAGGAAAUGCAAGAAAUUCUUGUGUCUGCUUUGAAAGAAUCUGAUGGGUUCUACUUGCUAUAA